AUGUAUGCAGAAUACUCGCUACUUUGGACCCUUUCACAGGGCGUGGUUGAUGAAGUUGCAGUUUCUAGGCUAAUCAACAAGUUUAUCAAGCCCCUUGCGCCACUUCGGUCCUCUGACCGGAGAAAGAUUGCAGACAAAAUUAUCCAAGAGUACAAGGUCUCAGUGCCAGAGGCGCCUGCGGCUCAGCCCGAAGCUGAUGAGGCAUCAACCCAGGCCGCCAUCACCACACCCAGCCUUGCAUCUAUCCGAAACUCGCUUCUGCCAGAGAACACCCUAGCUGGAAAAUUUACAACUACUGCAGGCCCCGAUCUACAGCUCGUUCAUGGAACUGUGUAUGUUGGAACACACCCAGACGGUGAAGAAAGAGUAUUAUGGGUUAGACUUGAACAAGGACCAGGGACUGACGGAAGAAUAUACCCCACGGUUUAUUCACUAUGGCGUAACCCAGGACUAGUUCCCUUGAUUUGCACGACAAGCCAUGUCAUGGAGAAACUUUACAAUGGUGCAGACCUUAUGACACCGGGCCUCGCAAACGGACCGCCAUUUCCAACGGGAGCUGUGAAAGGGGCAGUGGUUGCUGUUUCAAGCUUGAAUAAACCUAGUGUUCCCACCUUUGUAGGCGUCUGCGAGGUCGAUAUUGCGAGCCUGACGCAGGUACAAGGGGCAAAGGGGCAUGCCGUCAGGGGAAUACAGUGGGAAGGUGAUGAACUGUGGAGCUGGGGCUCAGCUGGGAAACCUGGCCAACCGUCUCCAGAUCACUUAGAUGGCUGGAUAGCCAGUACCGAAAAUGUCGAAGAAAAACUCCAAGAUUUGGAUCUAGGUGAUGAAGAGGAUAUGAAUGGUGGUGUGGAGGGCGGAGUCCUAAUAAACGAAGCUCAAGAGGCAGAGGAUGAAGAUGAUCAGCUACCGCCUCCAACAACGAAAGAAAUCGAUGACGUUUUUGAAAAAGCGUUCCUAUACGCACUAUACCAACACAAGAAGGAUAACCCUAGGGACCAGAAUCAUGGGUUAUCAUUCCCUAUUCAACCGUCCUUCGUGAUAUCCAAUCUUAUUACUCCAUUCUUGCCAAUAUUUUCGCCAGAACAAGCACAAUACUAUCAAAUUAAGAAGACGUCCUGGAAGAACGUGAAGAAAUUUAUCAAACACCUUGAUAAGAUGAAGCUACUCAAGUCAAAAGAUAGAGGCGGGGAAACAAUAGUCAUGGAUGUCGACUUUGACGACAUACAAGUUGACCAGUUCGUCCCAUACCGGUUACCGAAGAAGACUAGCUCUGGGGGUGCAAAGGCAAAGAUUGGCCCCGGAAAUACAGCAGGGAGCGUAUCACUCGAACAAGUCAAUGUGAAAACUUUAUACCGCCCAAGCCCCAAACUGGUGCCUGAACUGUUCCCAGCCUUAUCUACCACCGACGUAAACAACUACUAUUCAGCUUCUGAUGUUUCCAAACGCCUGAACGAUUAUAUCUCCUCCCAAGACCCACCCAUCAUCUCCUCUUCUAAUCCUCGCUUGCUGAAGCUGAACGCCUUCAUCGGCAACAAGAUAAUUCCCUCCAAUGACAUAGGGACCUUAUCCCGCGGAACUAUCACACGAGACGCUUUGCUCAAGAAGUUACUGGAAGAACCGUCUCUGUGUGCUCCCUAUCAUGCCAUCCUCAAACCUAACCAGACUCUUUCUGACGUGAAGCCCAAACCGGGCGCGCUUCCGAAAGCAACCAUAACAGUCGAACGCCGCACGGGAACAAAGUUGGGUACUAAAGUGGCCGGGCUGGAUCGAUUUGGCAUAUCACCUCAGUUGCUAGCUGAUGAGCUAUCAAAGAAGUGCGCAAGUAGCACCAGCGUUAGCCAGGCACUCGGCGGUGCGAAGGGAGAGAUGGAGGUUUUCCUUCAGGGUGACCAUCGAGGUGUAGUAGAGAAACUACUUGUUGACAAAGGCCUCAAGUCCCAGUGGAUAAGUGUCGUGGAUAAAUCCCAGAAAAAGAAGUGA